AUGACGACCCCAGCUGGUGACGACAAGGCUCGCCGAGAGUAUUACCUUCAAGCGGCUGACCCAUCUGGCAAUGCCACGCCCGAGGAACGUAUGCAGCGUCUGCUAAAGGCCAAGUAUGACGCCGGCUUGCUCAAGCCCUUUAACUACAUCAAAGGGUACUCGAGGCUGGGCAAAUACCUCGACCGUAACAUUAGCGCCGCCUCGAAGCAAAAGAUCCUGCGCACGCUGGGCCAGUUCCGCCCCAAAUUCCGCGAGAGGGCCUCUGCCCUGACGGAUAUGGAGCUCCAUGGCGAUACCCUCGUGUCUCUGGCGGAGGACUGGCGAAAUUUUCCGGGGAAUAAAGAGAUGGCCGAGCUUAUUGGCGUACCGGUAGAACGUCUCCGCGAUGGCCAACUAGCGCUUCACGAGAUCCUGACGGAAGAGUCUUGUGUUCGGUACUGGGAGGAGUUCCAGGCUAUCGCCUUCGAUCCGGAGCACGACAGCCUCCUCACGGCAUGUACGCUCAAGAUUCAAGACGCCAAGUCUGACGAGUCAAUGGUCAUAGAAUGCUCGUUCUCCUUUGUGAUAAAACGUGACGAGCACAAGCUGUAA